AUGCCCUCCAAAAAACCCUCAUCCAAGCCGCCCCGCGCAACCCCCUCUAAUAAAAUACGCACCUUCACCCUCCUCGUAGCCAUCCUCGCCAUCCUAUCCGGAGUAUACAUAUUCCUAGAAUCCCGUCUCGAGUCCUUCUACAUCUUCACCCCCACGCACCUCCACUCCCUCUCCCUCCGCGCCAUCAGCGCCCACGGAAACGACACCAAAGCCGUAGUCUCCUACAUCGUCUCCGAGCUGAGCGAGAAACUCCCCGGUGGAUACGUGAAUCUGGAUGAGGAGUGGAUAUUUAAUAAUGCUGGGGGCGCGAUGGGAGCGAUGUAUAUAAUCCACGCCAGUAUCACUGAAUACCUAAUAAUUUUCGGCACAGCCAUAGGCACAGAAGGUCACACCGGCCGCCACACGGCCGACGACUACUUCCACAUCCUGUCAGGCACUCAACUAGCCUACACACCAGGUUCCUACGCCCCAGAAAUCUACCCGCAAGGCAGCGUGCACCAUCUGCGUCGCGGCACCGUGAAGCAGUACAAGAUGGAGGCGGCGUGUUUCGCGCUCGAGUACGCGCGCGGCUGGAUCCCGCCGAUGCUGGGGUUCGGGUACGCGGAUACGUUUACGAGUACAUUGGAUUUUUGGACGUUGUGGCGGACGACGUGGGUUACGGGACGGGAGAUGGUGGGGAAUCUUUUGAGGGGGAAACUGUGA